AUGCUUUCCUCACUGAUCCUUUGCCCUUCCUACGCCAGCUGCCAGCUCUUCCCAACCGAACCAGAGGUCCUUGGUGCACAGAAAACAAUCAAUGACUUUUUGAUCACAUCCGAGAAAGGUCUGACCAACUUCACCGAUGUUGCGGAGGUAACGCCAAUAAAAGAGAUUGUCAACAACUUCAUAACGUUUGCUCGCACUAACGGUGUCCCAGGCCCUGAACUCAGCUUCAGCCCCCGUGGUGACCCUGACGAUGGCACGAAGGCGGCCUUUGCGCCUGUGGAUGGCGUCUGGAUCCGAGGUGGACCGAUCACAUUACUGGAGCUGAAGCCUCCCCACAAGGCCUACUGCAGUGUAUAGUUAUUGGUCGCUAUGGAGUUAAAUAUAAUCUCCGCCGAGGAACGUGAAUAUACCCCUACCUCCACUAAUUCCGACAGCUACGCCUAGUGCUCAGCACCAACGCCUAGUAGCCGGAGUUAGGACCGGAAAUAGUGACCUAAGUUCCAAUUGCUCAGCUUUUAUAUAUCGGAGCUAUGGAGCAACAAGUCAGUAUAGGACAAACACAGCUACCAAACAUACCCAAC